AUGAUACCGAUUGAUAAAGUUGUUCAGGGUAGAGGCACGUCUAAUACAGGAAAUGUCGCUAGACGGUUUUUUAGGAACACAGAAAAAGUUGCUGAAAUCACUGGAAUCAAUUUAAAUUUAUUAAAGCGAUUCUCAACUAUUUUAACAGUUAUUUCUUGUGGUUAUGAAAUAAAUUAUGACGAAUUCGAAAACUAUGCAAAAGAUACUGCAGAACUUUAUGUCAAACAUUAUAAUUGGUACAGAAUGCCACCAAGUAUACACAAAAUUUUAAUUCAUGGCUCAUUAAUUAUAAAAAAUGCUCUUGUACCGAUUGGGCAGUUGUCGGAAGAGGCUCAAGAGGCAAGUAAUAAAAACUACAAUCGAUUCAGAGAACAUCAUUCUCGAAAAUCAUCACGUAUUCAUACAAAUACAGAUAUUUUUAAUUUCUUAUUAGUGUCAUCUGAUCCAUUAAUUACAAGUUUAAGAACACAACCUAACAAAUCACAUACUAAAUUACCUCCAGAAGCCAUUCAUUUACUUAACAUCGAAAGCUCAGAAAUGAAAGAAAUAGAAACUAGUGAUAGUGAAAUAAGUACUAGUUAUUCUGAAUAA